AUGAGCCAGCACGCGCGCACGCACAUCCCCGUGAUCCGGUCGCUGGGGCAGAUGCGGCGCUGGCGCGCGCAAGCGCGCGCGCUGGGUCUCGAAGUCGGGCUGAUUCCCACGAUGGGGGCACUGCACGACGGACACUUGAACCUCGUGCGCGCGAGUGUGAACCGGCACCCGUUGACGGUCAUGUCGCUGUUCGUGAACCCGACGCAGUUUGCGCCGAACGAGGACUUGACUGCGUAUCCGCGCACUUUCGAGAGCGACAUGGACAAGCUGCGCGGGCUGCUACGCCAGGGGCCUGCGGCGGUCAUCCACGGCCUCGGGAUAAGCGAGUACGACCGCCGGUUGCCACGGCAGAACCCGGGGCCGCCGCAGGGCGAGAGCCCACUCGUCGUCUUCGCACCCACCGUCGACACCAUGUAUCCUUUGCGCGGCGAGCUGCAGAAUCUGAAGGAGCACAAGGGCGCCAGCGUGAAUGUACGGGGAUGGGGAGACGUCAUGGAGGGCGCAUCACGCCCCCAGUUCUUCACCGGCGUCGCGACAGUGUGCACCAAGCUCUUUAACGCUGUCGAGCCGGAUCAUGCCUACUUUGGCCAAAAGGAUAUCCAGCAGGCGUUGCUGCUCAAGAUUCUCCAACAAGACCUCCUCUCCUCACACCCCCUCCCCGAGAACCUCCACAUCCUGCCGACGACGCGCGACAAAGACUCUGGCCUGGCGCUCUCGAGCCGGAACGCGUACCUCUCUGACGCGGAGCGCAAAGUCGCGCCUGUCCUACAGCGGGCGCUGCAAGCCGCGCGGGCGGCAUGGGAUAGCUGCGCGAGCGGCGCAGCCAUGAUCGAGGUGGCGCAGCGCGUGGUCGCGGAGGAGCAGGAGCGGAUCCGUGCGGCUGGCGAGGAAGUGCGCCUCGCGCCCGACUACUUUGAGGUGUUUGACCGGCAGACGUUUGCGCCGUUCCGCGGCACGCCGAGCGGCGAGGACAAGCUCGUGGUCUCGGGCGCGGUGUGGGUCGGCCGGACGCGGCUCAUUGAUAACCUCCUCCUGGGGUGGGAUGCUGAGGCGCUCGACGUGUCGGCGGACGUGUAG